GCCGCCGCCUGCGAUGCUCAGUCAUGAAACGCGUACGCACAGAACAGAUUCAGAUGGCGGUGUCCUGCUACCUCAAGCGCCGUCAGUAUGUGGACUCAGAAGGUCCCCUAAAACAAGGGCUGAGGCUGUGUCAGACUGCUGAAGAGAUGGCAGCUAAUCUCACAGUCCAAUCUGAAUCUGGUUGUGCCAACGUUGUGUCUGCAGCUCCCUGCCUGGCGGAGCCACAGCAAUAUGAAGUACAAUUUGGACGAUUACGCAAUUUUCUCACAGAUUCAGAUUCUCAGCACAGCCAUGAAGUGAUGCCUCUUCUGUAUCCCCUCUUCGUCUACCUCCAUCUGAACAUGGUCCAGAAUGGCCUGAAAAGCACAGUGGACAGUUUUUACAGCCGCUUCCAUGGCAUGUUCUUGCAGAACGCCAGCCAGAAGGAUAUCAUUGAGCAGUUGCAGACUACCAUGACUAUUCAAGAUAUCCUGUCCAACUUGAAGCUCCGGGCUUUUCUGGACAACAAGUACGUCAUCCGCCUUCAAGAGGACAGCUACAACUACCUUCUUCGCUACCUCCAAAGUGACAACAACAACGCCCUGUGCAAAGUCCUGACCUUGCACAUUCACCUGGAUGUGCAGCCCGCCAAGAGGACCGACUACCAGCUCUACGCCGGUGGGAGCUCCUCGCGCAACGAGAGCAACGGCCUGGAGCCCAGCGAGGUGCCGGCUUCCAUUCUGCAGAACGAGGCGGCGCUGGAUCUACUGCAGGACAGCAUUAAGCGCGUCAAGGACGGGCCCCCUUCCUUAACCACCAUCUGUUUCUAUGCCUUCUAUAACACGGAGCAGUUGCUGAACACGGCCGAGAUUUCACCGAACAGCAAGCUGCUCGCUGCUGGGUUUGAUAAUUCGUGCGUCAAGCUGUGGAGCCUGCGUUCCAGGAAGUUAAAAUCUGAGCCCCACCUCGUCGAUGUGUCCCGCAUCCGCCUGGCUUGUGACAUUCUGGAUGAGGAGGAGGAAGAGGAUGACAGCGCAGGCACAGAAAUGAAGAUCCUGAGAGGACACUGCGGGCCCGUGUACAGCACGAGGUUCCUUUCGGACAGUUCGGGGCUCUUAUCUUGCUCUGAGGACAUGUCCAUCAGAUACUGGGACCUCGGAAGCUUUACAAACACUGUGUUGUACCAAGGACAUGCCUACCCCGUCUGGGAUUUGGACAUUAGCCCCUGCAGCCUGUACUUUGCCAGCGGUUCCCACGAUCGCACGGCGAGGCUCUGGUCGUUCGAUCGGACGUACCCGCUGCGGAUAUAUGCUGGCCACUUGGCGGACGUGGACUGCGUCAAGUUCCACCCCAACUCCAACUACUUGGCGACGGGCUCCACGGACAAAACCGUGCGCUUGUGGAGCACUCAGCAAGGCAACUCGGUGCGUCUGUUCACCGGGCACCGCGGCCCCGUGCUAGCGCUCGCGUUUUCCCCCAACGGUAAGUACCUGGCCUCGGCGGGCGAAGACCAGCGGCUAAAGCUGUGGGACUUGGCUUCGGGAACUCUCUACAAAGAACUGAGGGGCCACACGGACAACAUAACCAGCCUUACUUUUAGCCCCGACAGUAGCUUAAUCGCUUCGGCCUCGAUGGACAAUUCCGUCCGGGUCUGGGACAUCCGGAACACUUACUGCAACGCCCCUGCGGAUGGGUCUUCCAGUGAACUGGUUGGUGUAUAUACCGGACAGAUGAAUAAUGUACUGAGCGUACAGUUUAUGGCCUGUAAUCUUCUUCUAGUGACUGGAAUUGCACAAGAAAAUCAGGAACAUUAAAUUUUUUUUUUCUUAGGGAAGCGGGUGGGUGUGAUGAAUGCCAGAGUCCAUUACAAGCUGAGAUUACUGACUGUGAAACACUUUCUUCCUCUGCCCCUUGGAAGGCAUGUUCAGAGUGAUGCUAAUGCUUUACAAUUUCUUGCCCACAAAAAGGCCUGUGCUGUUGAAUGGAGUAAGGAGAAAGGCAGAGCGAUGAAAGUAUGUAUACGUUCUAAUCCUGUAUUUGUAGGGAUGGGGAAAAGGGGAGGAAGUCCAGUAGCUUGGGGAAACCAAAAGCCUGGUCCAGACAAGCGAAGCUGCCAGCCAGAUAAGCUGCUGACCUGCACUUAAAUAUCCUGCGUUGAUUGAUGGGCACACCUUACCUACUGUUAACUGAGGCUUGAGCGUGUGGAGAACUACUGGCCCAGUGUUUUUUGUUUUUGUUUUGUUUUCCUGGUAUUGCAGAGGACCAGCAUUUUAAGACCCUUAUAUUUAAAAGAACAUUCUGUAUUUUCUACGCUGAUUGUGGUUCCAAAUAUUACAGCUCCCUAUAGCACUUCUGCAAUAUUUUGGACAAGCUAAGUAGAAAAUACCAUCUUUCUUUUUAAUAAGGGGAUGGAAAUCUGACCUCAGUUGGGGCCCAUCUCUGCAUUGUCGUUUGGGUUUGGUUCCUGGUACUAGCUGUGAUACUUGUAUUUAUGUUCCAUUAAUUAGGGAUCUUUCUGAAUCUGGUUGCACUGUGUUUUGAGGGUGGGAGGAUGGUGAGGGGUAGAGUGGUGGCUUUAGGGGUAAUAAGUGACUUGCCUUGGCUGGAGGAGGGCAUGAUAGAACUGAAGGGGCUGAGUUUGGACUCCUGUUUGGAACGGGGCUUGUCAAUCCACCACAGCACCUCACAGAAAUAUUUCCGUAAAUGGAAGUUGGCAAUCUAGGAAGAGGGAGACAGGGAGAGAGAGAGGCACACACAAAGUGACAUGGGAAAAAAUAGUAUUACUAAAUUAUUGUGCAUACGCAGAGGCAGCUUUGCCAGUGUUGGAUUUUUCUCAAAAUGUUGCAAUAUCAGUUUCAUGAACACUUUGUGAAAUAAAUCAUCAGCAUUUAAAGCAAGGAUCUGCAGAAAAAGCACGUUCUAAUUUGUCAUUUGGAGAGAUUAAAUAUUUCUGCUUUCUGGAAAGAGUUAUUUUGUAUUUUGUUUUCUAUUAAAAGCAUUUAGUUU